AUGGAACGACAGAACAUCACACAGGUGUCAGAGUUCGUCCUCUUGGGGUUCUCACAGACCAAGGAGUUCCAGAAAUUCCUGUUUGUGGUAUUCCUAUUUGUCUAUGUCACCACCGUUGUGGGAACCCUCCUUAUCAUUGUCACAGUGACUUUUGACUCUCGGCUCCACACACCCAUGUAUUUUCUGCUCUGAAAUCAGUCUGUCAUAGACAUCUGCUCUUCUACAGUCACUUCCCCAGAGAUGCUGGUGGACUUCUUACAUGAGACCAAGAUCAUCUCCUACCAGGGCUGCAUGGCCCAGAUCUUCUUCUUCCACUUACUGGGGGGUGGGACUGUCUUCUUCCUCACAGUAUUGGCCUAUGACCGCUACAUAGCCAUCUCCCGGCCCCUCUACUAUGUCUCCAUCAUGAACACUCAAAUGUGUGUAGGGCUGGUGGUGACCGCUUGGGUAGGGGGCUUUCUCCACUCCAUUGUCCAGCUGGUUCUGAUGCUCCCAUUGCCUUUUUGUGGCCCCAACAUCCUGGAUAACUUCUACUGUGAUGUUCCACAAGUGCUAAGACUUGCCUGCAUGGACACCUCCCUCCUGGAGGUCCGUAUGAUCUCCAACAGUGGAAUGUUGGUCCUCAUCUGGUUCCUUCUUCUGCUCUCUUACACUGUCAUCCUGAUGAUGCUGAGGUCCCACUCAGGGCAGGCGAGGAGGAAGGCAGCUUCCACCUGCACCACCCACAUCAUCGUCAUGUCUAUGGUCUUCAUUCCCUGUAUCUAUGUCUAUGCCUGGCCCUUCACCUCCUUCCCCAUGGACAAGGCUGUGCCCAUCAGCCAAACUGUCAUGAUCGCCAUGCUCAACCCCAUCAUCUAAACCCUGAGGAACCAGGAGAUACAGGCAGCCAUGAAGAGAUUAGGCAAGCACCUAGUGAUUUUCAGCAGGAAGUGAACUUAAAAUAGGUUGACUUUAAAUGACAAAUCUUCUCUCUGAACUUUUGUUUCCCCAUGUGAGAAGUGGAGGAAAGUCUUUAUGGAGUGUAGCCGUUGAGAUUAAACUAAUAUUUCUAUGGACCUACUCCUGUGGCAGGUAUUGUGUUAGGCACUUUCGCACUUUUAUCUCAUUCUCACAAAACUGACAAUGGAUAUGUUCUUUUAUAUUAAACAGUUUUACAAAUGAGAAAACUCAGAGAGAAGUGACCUGCUCAAUGAUGAACAGCAAGGGAGGGGCAGAGCUUGGCCAUGAGAUUGUUCCUCUGACUCCAAGUUUCGAGGCAGGAGAUAUGGGUGGGGUUUGAAACUCAGGGUCUCCCACAAUCACAAGGGGAAACUUAAGAGAGUUCCUCAUCUAUGGAUGAAUAUCUGUGAUGAAUGCUCAACACUUUCAUCUUUUUUUUUAUAGCCUCCAUUAGGACUUUAUUAAUAGAUUUUUGUCUUUACAAUACUAGGUAAAGACCAAGGAGUUCCAGAAAUUCCUGUUUGUGGUAUUCCUACAGCCAAACAUAAUAUCCAUUUCCAUAAAAUACUCAGUUAAAAAGACACACAACUUCUUUAUAUAAAACCUGUUUAAGUGUUCCAACUUUAAUAAUCCUAUCAACUCUUACAUUUUAAUGUUCUCUCAAUUGAAUUGCAGCCUAACACUUUCAUCUCAA